CUGUGCGAGACAAAGCUAUAUAAAACGAAUGUUAAUAAUUAAUUGCACUAUUGGCAGAAAUAUUUCAUAAACAACAUGAUACUCUACGCUCUUAGUAUAUUCAGCAUUGUAACAUUUGUACUGUGUGGAGCAGAAGAACUUAUACUUCCUAUAACCACUUGCAAGCGGAAUUCAACUGACUAUUCGACCUGUUUAAAAGAAGCGGUAAUAGAAGCAUGGCCACGAUUUGUUGAAGGACUUCCAGAAUUCGAUUUUCCACGUUUGGAUCCACUUCUCUAUAAAGACGGCAAAAUUAUACUUAAUAGAAACGGACUAAAUGCAGAAGGAAACGUGAUAAAUGCCACGAUUUUUGGUCUAGCACUUACUCGUAUUCUGGAUGUGAGACCACACUUUCUGGAUGAUAUUUUCCGUUUAGAAAUAGACAUGAUAAUACCGAAAGUGUUCGUUCAUUCUUACGAUAGCGGGCAAGCUAAUCUAUUCGGAAUGCGAGCAGGUGGCGCAGGAUAUCUCAAUAUAACAAUGCACGAAAACAGAGUAACACAUGAUAUAACAGGAUACGUAAAAAAUGAUACAUGGACUGUACAACAUCACCGAAUAAUUAUGACAGUUGAAAGAAUGAAGUUUUAUCUUAGUGAUUUCUUUGAUGGCAGUAAAGAGCUUAAUGAUAUUCUUGAAGAUUUUUUAAACGAGUACUGGCCACCAAUUUAUCGAGAGUUUGCGCCAACAGUGUUUGAAACAGUAGAUCCGUUUCUUACUAAUAUAGACAACCGUUUUUUUUCGAAAGUUUCAUUCUCGAAAGUAUUCCCAUAAAAUUAAUAUAUUUGUUACAAAUUAAGGAAUACCAGAUUUCAUAUAGAGUUGAAAAUAUAUUUAACAUUCUAAACACUGAAAUUAAAAAGUUAUUAUGCAAAAAUUUCUUAUUUCUAAAUAUUACAAAUUUUGGUAUGCCUAUUAUGUUUGUGCUUAAAUUCUUAAUUUAAACAAUAAGAUAUUCUUAUAUCAAUAAUUAUAUAUAGAAAUAUCAAAUCUCUCUCAGCUUGUUUUUUAAUAUACUAUUUUUAAAAAUUUGAUAUUUUUUAUGAUACAAUAUAUAUUACGAUAUAUUAUAAAUGUGUUUACAAAUUUAAAAAAAAAAUUAUUUUAUAAAUAAGUAGUUUUAAUUAUAAUAGAAAAAAUAUUAUAUUGUAAGAAGUGUCUAUGAUAGAAAUUUUACAUUAUAAUAUUUUUCAAAAUUAAUGGAAAUGCUAUAUUAUAAAGUGUCUAUAAUAAUGCUAGCUUAACUUUUAACAAGUUAUGUGAAAUCUCUCAAGUCUUAUAAUUUGAAUUUUAUUAUUGACUAACGCAUCUUUGUAUAGAAAUAAAUAAAAAAUAUAAUAUAAUAAUUUUAAAA